AUGGAGGAUGAAGAAGGAAAAAGGAAGAAGAAGAUCCACUUGGCCGACGGAGAGGGCGACUGUCACGUGCCAGGGGCAGCCAUACCGCGCAAAGACAACAAACAGGGCAAACCACGACUUGUCCAAGAGGCAUCACUCGAGGAUUUGGCUGGAAUUCCGGCAUCAUCCGUGACGAUGUCUUUCUUCUUCUCUUCAUUCUAUUCUCUUCUCCAUGUCGGGGAUUACUCAUCCUCGCAACAGCCGAGGUUCUUUCGGUCUUUGUCCGCCUCGCCCUUGACCAAUCAGAGGAGACUGGUGCCCUGA